ACUGUUCUUGAAAGGGCUGGGUCGGAUGAGUUACCAAACUCCACUCCGUUACAGUCUCAUUUGUUAUGAUGGGGGUAGUUUCAGCCGAACAAGAUAUCCUUAAAUCGUGGGCUACAGCUGUAGUUCUUGUAGCUGGAUUUUUCGUUUUAAAAAGAUUUGUCUUGCCGAGGCUACGGUGGUUUAAAGAUUUGAAGGUUAUCGUGGGCUGGUUGCGGUUGCUUCCACAUUAUUACCGCCUACGUGAUAUAAGAGGACCUGUUGUUUGGUCAGAAGUGGUGAGGAAAUACGGCGAGAGACCUUUCGUAUGGAGUCUCACCUACUCACAGGUGGACGAUUGGUGCUCAGAAUUACAGAGAGAAGUGUUCAGCGAUGUCGAGAUAGGUCGACCCUUCGGAGUGUUUAUAGACGAUGCAAAGCUAGGCGUUAUCACCUAUAUGACAGGUUUAAAGUUGGGUGUGCCUCUCAUCUUGUACCACCUAAGAGCAGUUGGAGACCUCCUACAUCAUCAAAUAUCUCAAGUUCCAGAGGUUAAGUACAUGUUAGUCUCCGCAGGUAGAAUACCCCAGAUUCAAGAUGCUGCACCCGACUGGGUGGUGAAGAAUAAUUUAUGGGACAAAUCACUGAGGUUCAGGUCUUUGUGUGUGCUUGAGAGAGUCGGGGAGGAGAUGGAAGGAUCAGAGGACGUUUCGGGUGGGAGUGAUGGGGAAGAAGAGGAGCGGGAAGGGGAAGUGAUCGAACAGAUAAUAGAUAUUGAAAGUGAAACUGUUGCAGAAUUAAUCGAAAAAGUCGAGGAAGAAACUGAUAGAAUUGAUGAAGAUAAUCCUAGUGAACAAGAAACUGAUUUCAGAAAGAAAUAUGAUAACGUAUUCUUAGUACACUUCACCAGCGGAAGCACAGGACUCUCAAAAGGGACCAUGCUUAAAGCCAACAAGUGUGCUCUGAUGGGACAUCGUGUUGCUCAGGAGUUGGGUCUAACGUCACAUGACGUCAUCAUGACCGUAUCCCCGCAUGCACGAAUGACAUGGAAUUACGCUGUCGCCCUAGCAACCGGGUGUGCCCUACAGCCGAACAUGGCAGCGCAUGACGCGCCCGCUAACGUUAAAGCCACAGUAAUAUACACUGGCUAUGAGACGACGUUUGACAUGGUGGAAAGUCUUGAGAAAAAGAGACGUAGCAUCUCAAACGUCAGGAUGUGGCUAGUGACUGGGUUUCCAGGGGAUACGGCUGACAGAAUCAGGGCUCAGCUCCCCAAACUCAAACUGUUAAAUCACUAUGGACAGAGUGAGGGAGUGGUGGGUUUGUUUGGAGAUGGAUACAAUGUUCUCUCGUGUGGGUACCGCACCAAGCACUUCAUCACCUCCCCUGUUCAGCUGUUAACAUUUGACGAGAAUGAGAGUGUUAUCAGAGACUCUAUCACGGGGUUGUGUAUUCCUGGUAACAUGGGACUUCUGGUAAAGAGGAGGAAUAAAUACUCUCAGAGGAACAAAUAUGUUGGGAUACCAGAAGAGAAAAGCCUGGUGAGGGAUGUGGUAGUACUGGGGGAUGUGUACGAGUGUACUGGUGACAUUAUGAGAGAUGAUGGCAAUGGCAACCUUUACUUUAUCAAAAGAGUUGGAGAUAACUUCAGAUAUAAGAAUCAGAACAGCUCCUGUGAGCACCUCGAGAGACUUGUGUAUCAGAGAGCCGAGGUGCGGUGCUGUGCGGUCUAUGCAGUCAUACAUCCUGACUACCACAACCGAAUCGGAAUGGCAGCAAUCCAACUACACCGUCACGUGAACACCACACCCAAGUCCUUCUUCAUCUCCCUCUUCCACUACCUUGACAACAACUUCGACGUGAAGCCCCUUUUUAUCAGGCUGGUGAAGGAGUUCGCGUACCUGGAGACCGGUAAGAUCGAUAAGAUGAAGUUGCGGAGCGAGGGGUUUAAAGUGGAGGGUGUGUACGUGUGUGAUGAGAACAAGAGAACCUUCCUACCCUUUACUUGUCCUCUCAGAUUACUCUCUGAAGAGCAGGACUUUGUAGAGUAGUAUUGUAGAGUAUUGUAGAGUAUUGUAGAAUGUAGAGUAUUGUAGAGUAUUGUUGUAGAGUAGAUACUUGAUUCGUGGCUUUAUUUUCGAUUUUUGUGUUUAUUUCUUAAUCGUAAUUCGUAACAGGAGUGGCGAUUGGGAUUUUGUGUGUUGAUUUUGAGUUUAAGAUGUAUUUUGAUUUAAUUUUGCCAGACAAUAAAAACGGUCAUAU